AACCGACCCGCACCGCACCACGUGAACAAGACAAGAAGUCGCGUCGCCGGCGGAAGGCGACCCGACCCAACACAACCCAGCCACAGCCAUGUCGGCGCGUGACCGCGAGACGGCCGAGGCGCUGGUGCGCCUCGCCGCGUCGCUGGACGGGGCGGUGCUCGGCCUCGGCACGGCGGCCGUCGCCGUCGCGUCGUGGGUCAAGUACCUCGCCGUCUCGGGGCAGCUGCGCCUUGUCGCCUCCGCGGCGACGGCCUCCAUCGCCGACCUCCGCUCCCUCCUCCCUGGAGACGGCGGCGAGCCGCGGGUCGCGGCGGUGCGGGGCUACGUGCGCCCCAAGCCGGGGGGCAACAUCCUCCGCGUCCCGUGGUCCGGGGAGCACGGCGUCGUCACCAAGCACACCCAGAUGUGCUUGUUCACGGAAUGGAGAGGCAUCUUUGGAUGGACCUUUGAUCUGCAUGCUCUUCUUUUCAGAUCAUGGAAAGAGCAGAUUGUAACAUAUUUUAGAUCGGUUCCGUUUGUUCUUGCUAGUUCUGAGAUUGGAAACCCUAUUGGGAUGGUUUACAUCGAUGUAGAGAAGGCGGCCCAACCAUUACCUCUUACAACUGUGUUUCAUAAACUUAUCCCAAUCGAGACGACUCCUUACACAUUGUUUCAAACUAUCAUUGGCAAUGGCUAUCCUAUCGCAUUAUUGGAUGAAGAAAAGAUACUACCUAUUGGAAAGGAACUUACAGCAAUAGGACUAUGUCGAGCAAAUGACGAAGGAAGUGUUGAGAUCAGCUCGUGCCCAGAGCUCCCCUUUUUCUUAUCUGAGCUGACCAAGGAUGAGAUGCAAGCUCAGCUGGCUUCGCGUGCUAGGAUACUCUUUUGGGGUAGUGUUGUUUUGGGAACCUUGUCGGUUUGCUUAGUGGGGCAUGCCAUUUACAGGGGCUGGAAGAGAAUCAAACUGCGGAGAGAGGCUAGGCAAGCACAACAGUUAUUUGAGGAGGGUGAAGACGCUAUUCAAGAAGAUGACUCCAGUGAUGAAGAAGUAGGAGAUGGGCAGCUAUGUGUUGUGUGCUUAAGGAAGAGAAGGAAAGCAGCUUUUAUUCCUUGUGGGCAUCUUGUUUGCUGUUGCAAAUGUGCAUUAAGAAUGGAACGUGAGACUGAACCAUUGUGCCCUAUGUGUCGGCAAGACAUCAGAUACAUGAUGAGGAUUUAUGACUCUUGAGGUCCCUUGCUGAUAAAAUCUGACACUAGCAGAUCCUUUUACUAGCUCUCCCUGCAAACAUGAGGAGCACAACUGCUUAUCCUCCAUGGCAUUUCCCCAGUCUAGACUACUAGCUAACUGGCUACCAUGGAUUUGUGAAUAUAUAAUGUCUUAACCCUUCCAAAUCAUGCUCUUGGUCGCUUGGGACUCUAGCUUAGUUGAACUCACCAAGAAUUACAUGUCUUUUUGUUAGCAUUGCACAUAUGUUUGCCCUUCAUGUAAGCAUUGAGUUGGCUGUAAAGUACUAAAGAUUUGGCUAUUUGUUGUCCUGUGAUCUUUCACGUCUA